ACACGCUGGUACUCCAUGGAUUCCCCYUUCGGUUWCAUUUUCGACGAUUGUGAACGAUAAAGCUUAAAAAGCAGACGAUUGUAACUAAAACAGGGAAACGGUAGUGAAGUAAUCUUAAUUUGAAAAAUGCCAAGAACUAGAACUACUAGGAGAGGUGAAUCUGCACGUGUGGAGAGCUCGAGAAGACGUCGUUCAAGUGGAUCAGAUGAUGUAUCGCCAAAAAGACGACGAACAAGUCCUCCAUCUUCAAGACGAAGUCGCUUGAGAGGAGAUAACGAUAACAAUGGCCGUACUAACUUCAUAAACGACAAAGACUUCCGUGAAAAAAUGGCUGCAUUGAGAGUGACAGUGAAGAAGAAAGACGCGUCCCAGCUGAAGCCAGAUGAAAAAGGAGAUUUUCACCUCGAUGAAAAUCGCAAAGGCCACCAUACCGAUGACUAUGCCAUGGAAAAUCUUAUUGUUAGAAGAGGRCAAGAKUUCAAAGUUACUUUGACAUUUGAUCGUCCUUUUGAUGCAAAAAAAGACGAAUUGAUCGUGCAGCUUGGUUUUGGUAACCGUCCACAAGAAAGUAAACACUCUUUGAUUCGUGUCAAAGAAGUCAAAARUCUUUCUACGUCAUCAUGGGGSAUGCGCAUUGAUGGUAAAGAUGGUAAUAAAGUUAACCUGACAUUGAUGUCUCCUGCUAAUGCCUUGGUYGGAGAGUACACAGUAUAUGUUGARACGAAGACCAAGAAAGCUGGGAACACAGACGAAUUCUUAACUUUCAGACGAAAAUUGAAUGAAACUUUCUUUGUUCUGUUUAACGCCUGGUGCAAAGAUGACGUGGUUUACAUGGAAAAUGAMGCAGAUCGUCAGGAAUACGUMAUGAACGAUCGUGGRAGGAUUUGGGUYGGAAAUUCCAGAAACUUUGGGGGCAUUCCAUGGAAUUUUGGGCAGUUUGAAGAAGUUUCCUUGCCUUGCUGCUUAAAAGUUCUUGAAAUUUCAAAAUUAGGAACUACUGCACGUGGGAAUGCGACACGUGUCUGCAGAGUCAUCUCACAAAUGGCUAAUGAUAAUGACGAUGAUGGGGGAAUAUUGGAAGGACGGUGGACCGAGACGUAUCCAAAAGACUCCACGUCUCCGACAGAAUGGGCGGGAAGCGUUGCCAUUCUGAAGCAGUUCUUGAGAAAGCUUGAAGUCGUUCGUUAUGGACAGUGCUGGGUCUUUUCUGGACUGGUCACCACUCUUCUCCGUGCCAUAGGGAUCCCAACACGUAGCGUCACUAAUUUUGAGUCUGCUCAUGACACGGAUGCAAGUAUGACCAUUGAUUUCCACUUUGACAAAGAGGGUGAACCGAUGGAAGAUUUGAACGACUCCGUUUGGAACUUCCAUGUUUGGAAUGAGUCGUACUUUGCUCGACCGGACCUCCCCGCUGGCUAUGGUGGUUGGCAGGCUCAUGACGCAACACCUCAAGAAACUAGUGAAGGAGUUCAUCGUUGUGGCCCCUGCCCAGUCAAGGCUAUCAAAGAAGGAGAAGUGUACCUCCCAUAUGAUGGWGGCUUUAUAUUUGGAGAGGUGAACGGUGAUCGUGUGUACUGGGAAGUAGAAGAAAACGGUGAGAUGAUACCAACAUAUGUGGAUAAAAGAUCUAUUGGUAAAUUCAUCAGUACUAAGGCUGUUGGAAGUAAUCUCCGSGAAGACCUUACGCUGCAUUACAAAUACCCUGAAGGAAGCAACGAAGAAAGAACAGCUGUCCGACAAGCUAAUAAAUACAGCUCCAGRAAAGAUGAAAACAUCUACAAGAAGACCUCAAACGAUGUCAAGUUUGAACCCAAAAUAGAAAAUGAAAGUGUGAAUUUUGGAGAUGAUGUAGAUGUGCAGUUGCUCAUCAAGAACACUUCAAAAGAAAAGAGAACCGUCAAUGUUCACAUUGUAACUAAGAUGGCGUUCUAUACAGGGGUAACUGCUAGGAACCUGGAACACUUGARWAAGGAUAUUACUCUAGAUGGUGGGAAAGAUGAAGUCGUCAGCCUUUCAAUAACGGGUGAUAGCUAUGUAAACAAAACUGCUGCCGACGCCAGCAUCAAAGUAUUCUACAAAGCUAAAGUACUUCAAACAGGACAAGCAUUUAAUGGAAUAGAGACCCUAGAGUUCCAGAAACCUGACGUUAUGUAUUCGAUGCCUGACGAGGUGAAAAAGGAUGAAACUUUUGAGAUUAAGUUCUCUCUUCAAAACCAUCUUCCUGUUAAGUUUACAAAYUGUGUUUUUAAUGUGGAGACGUCUCGUUUUGUAAGUCCGGACACGUUGAAACUACGUGUAAAAAAUCCUGUCAAGCCUAACSAGGAAGCAAGUGGAACUGCCGUAUUAAAAUCAUCUCGGACUGGAAAAAGGUCCGUUGAUGUCAGCUUCACGUGUGACCAGCUGAAAGGUGCAAGAUAUGAAAUAGAGUUUGAAGUAUCAGACUGAUKCAUACUUGUACUAAAUGGAGCUGAUGAAAAGAGACUUGGAUAGACCCUGGCAAGAUUUAGCUUUUUAGCUAAUUUAAUCUUCCUGGCUUUUCAUGCAAUGGUGUUCAUUUUCAGAAUGUACGUUUAKGACGUGUAAACGCUCAAGACAAUAAAAUAUUACGUUUGUGAACAGAUGCUUUCAAAAUUUCUUUCAACAUUCGUUCGACUUUUUGGACGCUACAGAGCAUUGUUGAGCGAUGUUGAUUUAUGAUUGAGUUCACAAACGCUGUCAAGAUUUGAUUUUACAGAGCAGCAGCUGAACGUGGACUGGUGCUUUCAACAUGUUUCGUCGCCAAAUAAAGCAAAUAAAGAGAAAGAUGCUUGUGGAUGUGACCCCCAAACCGGUUUCGAUAUCAUUCAAAAUCUUCAAGAACAAGCGAAAUGUUGAACGAAUGUUGAGACAAAGGUUCUUGAUACGCUUUUUAACAUUUUAACAGCACGUGUCGAAAGACCCAAGCAAAGGCGUUCCUCAAUGGUGUCCAACGAAGGUGAACGAAUCUUGAAAUAAAUGUUGAAACCAUUUGCACCGGCUUUUAUUGUUUGAUUAUUUAGAAGUAGCCUUGAGAAUUAAGAAGUUAUCAUAACCUAAGUAUAUAAUCUAGUAUAUCCUUCACAUUUUUUUCUAUUCUAUAAUAAACUUUGUAAAUUUAUUGUC